AUGUUAAGGUUUGUUACAAGUGGAUCGAUGUGGAUUAGACCAAUAGUUCCUAAGACUCGGAAUCUAUUUGGUAAAUUUAAUCUUCCAACUUUAGCCAAGAAUAAGACAGUAAUCUCCUUACUUACAGUUUCGACUGGUAUUAUUGGUUUACAUCACACUACUUCAUUUCCUCACUUCUAUAAUAGUCAACCUAUAUAUAAUGACAUUGCAGUCCUGGAUAGUAGUACUCGUUUCGAAUCAAUUAAUUUAGAUAAUAGAAGAGCAAAAUAUAGGGAAAUGUGUGUAGGGUCAGUUUUAGGUUUGGUUUCUGGUGUUAUCAUAGGUAAAAUAUCAACUGUAUUAGCAUAUGUUACAGUAUUCUCGUUACUAGCAAUUGAAUGGUUGAGCAAUAAAGGUAUUAUAGAUAAAAGUUAUUUAUAUGGACGUACUUCAAGAUAUCUGAAACAUGUUGCGGGCUCUAACAUUAGUUUAGAUAAACCAUUCUUUAAAGUACCAUUUUUAUUAACGUUCUUUAUUUCAUCGUUAAAUAUAUGA